GUCGCGCGCGCUUAUAAGAAGAGCAACCGGCCGGCGACCCCUCUUUCUCUACCACGACGACUAGAAGCUUUUUCCGCCGCCGCUUGCCCGCUUCGAUUGUAUACUAGAUAACCGAGAAAGAGAGCCAUGGAGGUUGUUGGUGGAGCGGGGGCGGCGGAGGGGGUGACGAGGGUGCUGGUGGUGGACGACUCCCCCGUCGACCGCCGGGUGGCGCAGCUCCUGCUCAGCGGCGGCUCCUGCGCAGGCUCCUUCCACGUGAUCGCCGUCGACAGCGCGAAGAAGGCCAUGGAGUUCCUCGGCCUCAAGGGCGGCCAGGGGCAGGCCGUCGACAUGGUGCUCACCGACUACUCCAUGCCCGAGAUGACCGGCUACGACCUGCUCAAGGCCAUCAAGGCGCUGACCCCCCUGAAGCCGAUACCGGUGGUCGUCAUGUCGUCAGAGAACGAGCCCCAGCGGAUCAGCAGAUGCUUGAACGCCGGCGCCGAGGACUUCAUCGUGAAGCCCCUGCAGAGCAAGGACGUGCAGCGCCUCCGGAGCUGCUCCACCGCCAGGCCCAACAAGGGCUCCGCGCCGCGCGAGGCCGUGGCCAAGAGGACGACGCCAAUGCCGCCGCCGCCGCCGCCGCCCUCCGACCAACACCACGCCGCCGCCGCGUCGGCGUCGGUGCGGCGGGGACAUUUCGCCGGAGUCGCGAUGGUCCUGCACUCGUCGAGCGUGGAGCUCUCGCAGUACUUGCCGCUGCUCGUCAAGCUCGUCCUGCUGGUGUGCGCCGUGCUGUGCCUGGGCCAGAUCCUGCACAGAUGGUCGUCCGGCGGCGGCCGCUCGCUCUCCCUGUGAUGCGCCUGAGCCCUGACCCUGAGCAGCAGCAAUGGUGCCGUGCCGUGCUGUUUCGCUGAAGGGCAAGGGCUUCGUGAAUGAGACGGUGAAAAAACAGUGGGAGCUGGCUUCGUGCUGCAGAGAUUUCAUCCAAGAACAAGAUACCUCAAGCAUACGCAGUGGUUACGAAGAAUGACCUCCUUUUCGAGAACAUGAGGAUGAAGGCACCGUGUUGGUCACUUGGUUGUGCCGAAGAUCCCAGAGAGACCUCCCAUUGUUUGCAUUGGAAUCCUGACGGGGCACGGUUUCAUUCCAGAGCAUACUCAUGGACCGCUCGCAGAUCUCCACAAGUCACAUUGAGGAAGGCGUUCAGCGUCAUGUUUUGUUUGCUGCUGCCUUGUAGUUGUAGUUGCUGGCCUGUACUAGCUAGCUGUGUAAGUGUAACUAUUGUGUGGAUUACCCAAUCAGCAAUUGAGUGGAUGUUUGUUGUUCACGCCGGCGUGGAACUUCAAACAAAAAUCCUGCAGUGUACUCUAAUGUUGUGUUCAGCUGUUCCUUUCGUGUGCUAUGCAGCCAUCAGUCAUCUAUCACUGACUCACUGUAAAAUUUGUUCUCUUGUGCACAUAUUUUCGAUUUCUCCUCUGUUUA